GCAAUUGACCUAGAGUAGAUUGCACGUGUAACACUAUCAUGCAAAGCGGUCUUUAACGAUGCGAGCUGAAAGCGCAUAAAGGUAUCAAUGAGAACUGCCUGCGCCCCGCGUCGGCCGCUGGCGGUUGCGGCAGUGACGAAACUGGAGUUGCAAGUCUGUAUACACAGAAGCUGCAAGCGUCAAGGCUCCGAGAACAUUAUCAAGUUCGUGAAUGACCUGGGUAUCUCCGAGGUCAAGGCGACGACCACUGGCUGCUUAGGAAACUGUGGUAAUGGCCCCAAUGCUGUGCUGCUUCCCGCGGAGCAGCUGUUGCACCACGUGGCGACGCCAGCCGAUGUGGCGCAGGUGCUACAAUCGCUGGGCGGGGCUUCAGUUGACGGCCGAGUGUUGCAGGCGACUCAGCUCCGGCUUGCGGGGAACGCGUGUGCUGGGCAAGGCGACUUUAAGCAAGCCAUUGAGCUGUACAAGCGUGCAUUGGAGCUGCAGCCCUCUUCGGGCACUCACAUGCUGUACAGCAACAUGAGCGCUGCCUUAUUACAGGCGGGUGACAAAGAUGCGGCGCUGGACAACGCCCAGAAAGCGGUUGACACGUCGCCACGCGGCUUCCACAACUCCACCAUCCGCCUGAUUGACUGCCUGUACGCACUGGGGCGGUACGGAGAGGCGGCGGAGGCAUGCCGCAGGGCGGCGCAGGCUGACAGCUCGUUCGCUUUCCGACAGGAGUACCAGGCCAUUAAGCGCGCCCUGCAAGGCGCGGGCCAGAAGGUGUAGUUAUGCUCUGGCUCACGAGUAAUGCGCCGGGCAAGCAAGAACUGAGUUUGGACACUACAUGGUAGGCGGGAUUAGGUCAUCCAUGCAUCACAGCUAGCCAGCAAGGGAAGCGCGUCAUUACUAUCGUGCGCCACGAGUACCACUCACCUUGUCGACACAUUGUCGUGUGUGAAACGGAAUUGUAUGGCACACUGAGUUCGCAUGCUGGAAUUGCAUUCGAUUUUCAAGGCUCAUCGUGUGAGGGACAUGGUAUAGCAGGAAACGCCAUAAAAGGAGCUGAUGAUGAGCUGGGGCUUUCCUUAGGGUUUGUGGGACUUGCGCGCCGUCAGGCUUUCCUCCCACACAUGGUGUUUACCCAUGUAUCGAGAGAGCCACGGAUUACCCACCGUGGGCAUGAGCGCACCUCUGGAGCCGUAAAUGUAAACGGUUUCCAAUUGAUAUUGGGAGCGCGCCCUUACUGUUCAGGCGUGCACCGCUUGGGAAUGCGACGGUAAGGUCCCGAAUCAUAGGACUACCUGGUCACCGUGACUGUCGAGGGUUCGGCCUGGUGGUUGAUUGCUGGGCUGUAAAAAGGCAGUAGU